GCUGCCCAGCCGCUUACGUGACACCGGCAACCCCCUUUCUGAGGCUUGCAACACUCCCAUCACAAGAGAUAACUGCUGCAAAAACGCUAGUAGGCAUUUUUUUUUUCAGUGGAAGAAGAUAGCUCACUGCCCGCUUUCAGUACACACAGUUGAAGUGUUAUUGCUGUUAUUCUGCUUUACCUUUGCUAUUACUAUUACUUCACGCUCAAACCAUCAAUACACACACACAGAGAGAAACACAACCCCAAACAUUAGUCCGACCUGCACUUUAGAGCUGUCUUUCCUUUCACGAUGCCCCGACCCACACCCCCGCUGCGCCACUGGACGCUGGUGGACUGCCCGCCUGAGUCGUCCCCGCUGGGCCGCAUCGGCCACUCCUUCUGCGCCAACGCCGACGGCAGCAAGGCGUACGUCUACGGUGGGGUCAACGACUCCGACAGCGUGUCAAACUACCUUGACGACUUGUGGCAGUACGACGUCUUCAAGAAGCAGUGGCAGAAGAUCGAGCUGACAGGGGAGAAGCAACAUCCGCGUGCGUUUCACACCGCGGUGUGGUACGGCCACCUCAUGUACAUCUUCGGCGGCUGCAACGGCCGCGGACGCUUCAACAAGCUCUUCUCGAUCAGCGAGACGGGUGACUGCCACCCUGUCCUCGUGCGCGGACUCUACCCGCCCACCACCCGCUACUGCCACAGCGCCGUCGUAUUCGAGGGGACGAUGUUCGUCUUUGGCGGCAAGUGCGGGGGCCGCAACAGCAACAAGCGCCUGCAGGACCUCUACCGCUGCCGCCUGAGUGACCCGGAGUGGGCGCAGUGUGAGCAGCACGGCGAGGUCCCCCCACUGCGCUCCGCCCACACCGCCAUGACCUACGAGCGCAAGAUGAUCGUCUUUGGGGGGCGCAACAGCGCUGGUGAGUGCUGCGAGGAUUUUUUCCUCUACUCGUUUGACACCUCGAUGUGGCGCCGCAUCGACGUGACGAACGCGCCGGUGUUUGGCCGGGCGCGGAACAGCGCGGUGGUGCACUACGGCAACAUCAUCGUCUUUGGUGGGUGGAACGGCAAGAAGAAGCUGAACGAUCUCUUCGUGUACAACGUGGAGGCGAACACGUUUGAGCCGGUCUACGACAUCGAGCGGGAAUACCCGGCGCGGCGGGAGUGCCACGUGGCGGUGGUCUGCCGCAACACGAUGGUCGUGUUUGGUGGCCGCUUCCGUGGCAAGUUCAUGAACGACACGACGGAGCUAUACCUUGGCGGUAAGACCGGAGUGGACAGCAUGCGGGAUUGGCUCAUCGCGGCCUACCCGACGCUUGCUGGCCUGAACAAUCACCUGCCUCUUCAGCACUGUGCGGCCUUGUGUGCGCACAAAGAAUACGUGAUGGCAUCUCCCAAUGCCUCGUAA